UUGCAAACAGCUGAUACGCGAUUAUCUAGCUUUAGCUGAGGCUUCUUGUGAUGCAUGUAAUGUGUGUCAAGAUGUUUGCACGGUGAUAAAAAAAAAAAUAUAUAUCAAGUUUAUUGUUUAUUUAUUUUAUUAUGCGUGCAUCGAAAUGAACAGCCUUGGUUUGAGUUUAAUUUUAAAAAUGGGCUGUAUAUGCUCCAAGGAAACUAUCACGGUUAAUUCAAGAAAUUAUGUAGUUCGUGAACAUCUGGGAGAAGGUGGAUUUAGUACUAUAUUAUUAGUCGAAGAUACAUCAACUCAUAAGAAGUAUGCGAUUAAGAAGAUUAUCUGUCAUGGAUUAGAGGACCAGAGAUUAGCUGCAAAGGAAAUAGAAUAUCAUAAUCUUGUGAAACAUCCAAAUGUAAUAGAAUGUAUUGAUUCUACUUACAAAGGAACAGCUGAUCCGGUUAUUAAUGCUACCAGUGAAGUAUUAAUUGUAUUACCCUAUUAUCAUAGAGGAAGCCUCGCAAAUGAAUUAGAAAGACGCGCUAAAAAUAAAGAUUACAUGAGUCCACUAGAGAUUUUAAAUAUUUUUAUACAAAUAUGCGAGGGUGUAAAGGCAUUUCAUGAAGCAAAACCAGAACCUCUUGCUCAUAGGGACUUAAAAACUGCAAAUAUAGUUUUAGGAGAUGGAAAUACACCUGUUAUAAUGGAUUUAGGUUCAGUAGCUCCAGCUAGAGUUAAAGUAUGUGGAUCACAAGCAGCUCAAACAUUGCAAGAUCAAGCAGCUGAAAGAUGUUCUAUGCCUUACAGAGCACCAGAAUUGUUUAAUGUUGAAAGUUACUGUAUGGUAGAUGAACGAACGGAUAUUUGGUCUUUAGGCUGUAUUCUUUAUGCACUGUGCUAUUUUAAGUCACCAUUUGAUACUGUAUAUGAAAGAGGUGAUAGUGUUGCCUUAGCUGUUAUAAGCGCAAAUAUUACAUACCCAGAGGACACUCCAUAUAAUGAGGACAUGCAAACUCUGAUUUUAUCAAUGUUGAAGGUGAAUCCUAUGGAACGUCCGUACAUAUAUAGUGUUAUAGAGAAUGUACAUGAUCUUAUUGCUAAACUAGAGAACAGAGCAUAAUCAUCUACAGAGCAAUAAUUUAAAUAUUUAUGUACAGACAAUUUUUGAUACCUAUAUUAUGCACACUUGUUUAAAAGCUUCAUUACUAUGAAAAAAAGGGAAACGUGAUUUAUAUAAUGCAAUAACAUAGAAUAGAAAUUUUUACCAGAAGAACUGGGAACGCUUGCAUUACUUAAACAUAUCAUUUUGAGAUGCUGCAUACUUAAAAGAAA